AUGAAGUUUCAAAUUCUCUACACCACAAUCGCGGCUGGGGCUGUAGCUGCUCUUGAUAUGAGCAACUAUGCACCCAAGCCAGGCGUGCCAGCCGAGUUCAAGCCCUUUUACGAAGCACUCGUCGGACAAGCCGACAACAUGUCCGCAACCACCUCCUUCACAGACUUCUUCACCAGCACAGGCCGACAGACGACAUUGACGCUGGACUGCCAAGGCCCCGCGGCCAUCCUCAAGUGCAAGCAGGGGUUCCUGCCGCCAGACGGAAGCAAGACGCUGAGCCACUUCCCCAACACCACCUUUGUCGUGAGCAACAACGACACGGCCACGGUCUUUGAGGUUCAGGGGCGGAUCGAGCACAACUACGUCAAGGGCAACUGCUCGCAAAACUACUACAAGACGCAGUACACAGUCCUGAAGACGGACCAGAGGGUCGAGGCGAUGGCGAAUUUGACACCAAAGCCGGAGCAUCAGGUCACGUGGUACCACGACUACUUCAUCGACCCUCCGUUUGUGCCAAACAGCGUGCCUUGCGAUAGCUUGAAGGGCAAACAAUGA